AUGAAACUCCUAUUUUUAUGCGCCUACCUGUACAUACAUUUUAUUAAAAAUGUUAUUUCCAUCUAUGAUGACAAUUUUGUUUUCACCUUCAAAGACGUGAAAAGGGUGCACACAAGAAAAAGCACCGUCAAAAAGUUUGAAAUAGAUAUAAUUUUAAAGUUCAACACCAAAAAAACUGCAAAGGAAUUUUUCUUAACAUCACUGAUACCUGCGAAAAACUUACAAAUACUUCUAUUUAAAAGAGAAGAAACAAAUGCGGUGAAUGAAAAUGUGGAAAUUCAUCUGAACAGGACAGGAAUGAAAGAAAAAGGCAAGGAAUACUCCUGUGAUUAUCUUAUAACAUCAAAAAUGUAUCUAUUAAAGCUGACCACUGACGAACUUAAAAAAUUUAAAAUUCAUAGACACCCUUUUAAAAAUAAAGAGAUCACUAAAACUGUGCCACCAGAAUAUGACUUUUCGGAAAAAUCUUUAAAAAACUUUUUUCCCAUUGAGGGAACAAUAUACCCCUCAAAUUAUUUGCUAAAGAUAUCUGUCGAAAUUUCAAAGGAGGGGCUAAGUCCCGAUGGGGUUUGGAUUCUGUCGAUCGCCGAAAGAAAUGCUUCUAAUGAAGGAAAUCAAGUAUGUACAAUUUACUCUGACAAGAUAGCAGAAAUAUUUUUACAGCAAAGUGCACACAGCAAUCUCUUCUUGCUCUACUGUAGCAGUGCCACUAAUGCGGAGCUCCUAAAUUUAGUUCAAGAUAUGAGGAAAAGUUUCCAUGUUCAACUAAGUGCAAGUAAGACAUUUUUCGGAGCACAUGACUCGACUUAUACUAUUCAGAUGAACUUGGAUCAAAUUGCGGCGGACUUGAAAACUGACAAAGUAAUGAUCAGCAUAAAGCUUCCAAUAGAUUUAUGCUACUCUAAUUCCUGCUUCAAUGCAAAUUUUGAAAAUCCGUGCUUAAAUAUAAAAGCAAAUCCUUUUGAACAGUGCUCUUACACGUUUAGAAGUCAUAAAUUUCUCUUGAGAUCGAAAAGGAAUGAGGAGAUAAGUGGUAAAUUGGAAGUGCUCAUUGAAAAUAUUAACAACCCCUUGAUCGAUCUGGAAAGUGAAAAAAACUGGAUAAUUAAUGUUUACACAGUUGAUACUGUCAACUUUUCUAUGAGCAAGGAACACAAAGAAAUACUAGAAAGGGUAUCACAUGACGUAUGCUCCAAAAAUUUUAUAAACAGAUUCGUAGACAAAUUUUCGGACAACAUCACUUGGGUAAAAUCCCACAUAGCUGUGUCUCCUACCCCUCGUUUGAUUCCCCUCAAGGUGGAGCCGAUGAACGCCCACGGUUUGCUGGAAAACCCGCUGGUCCUAAGCCUCAAACUGAAUUUCUCAAUAGGGCAUAUUUUUAACAAAUGCCUAGUUGAGCUUCAAUCUAUUCACAGGUUUACGUCCGCCAUUACAAAGAGUGAAAACAGACUAAACAUUUACAACCACAGUUUAAUAUUACCAAACUCUCUAUACAAACCGGUAGAAGAGGAUGAACACAAAUUACAGAUUGAAGCAAAUUUAAUAAAAAACAAUGAUGUCAUACAAUUUGCAAUAGAUGUAAAGAAGUAUCAAAAUAAUGAAUACUGGAAAUGUACUCUUAGUUGUUUAAAUAAAGAAGGUAAAUAUGUAAAGGAGGCACAGACUUUAUUUGUUUAUCCUAUAGAGAAUAAAAAAAUAUAUAUAAGUAAUUUAUAUUAUAAAGAAAAAGUGGAAGAUAAUAAAUAUAUCUUUUAUUUGGAUUUAUUCAUUUAUGAUGAGAAAGAGAUCGACAUCAAGUUGACAUUCCUUCCUCCUUCUUCUGCUACUAACAGUAUUCCUAUUAGCGGAAAAACUUCGACAAAGGUACAACUCACUGAUACAUGUGAUGCUUUUAUGUAUACCUCCUGUUACAAUUUGGUUUUUCAUGAAUGCUCAAAUAAAGCGGAAGAAAAACAUAUUAUAUACCAAAUGAAUUCAUACAAAUCAUCUAACAAACAUUCUACAAUACAAUUUCCGCUAAUAAUUCCAAAAGAAGUAAAGGAAUUCAAUUUGCUAUUCGAAGUAGACAUAAAAAAUAAUCCAAGGAACGUUAAAAAAAUUAUGCAUAUUGAUGUAGAAAAGGUACUAACGCAUAAUGCAAAAACUCCUUGCAUAAAUGACUUAGUUUCAGUAUUAAAAAAAUAUGAAAAAUAUGAAUCUCAUUUAUUUCUUUUAUUUAAAGCUGUUAAUUGUCAUAAUAUAUACCAACCCUUUUUAACUAAUUUUCAAAAUAAUGCAAAUUUUUUUGCAAAAACAGCCCCCUCAGAGUCUUUUGAAAAAUUUACUUUUCAAAAAACGUAUAAACAAGUAUUUCCAAUUAAUUAUGAAUCAAUAUCACAAAAACUUUUUGACAAAAAUAUUAUUAGUAUUAUUACAAUAGUUUUAAUUGAUGAUGCAUUUUUUUUUAAUUCCUUCAUGUCAUCAAAAAAAAAAAUUGUUUUUGAAUAUUUAAAAAAAAAUAUUUUCUUCCCUUAUAAUAAAUAUUAUGUAGUCCAUUAUUCAAAUAAUAAUGUUCUAAUAAAUUUAUAUAAAUAUAUCGAUGCUGGAAAUGUCAAAAUUGACAUAGUACAAAAAUCAUCAGAAAUAAAUAAUUUACUUGCUGCUUUGGAUAAAACAAUUUCCUUUGCAGAAGAUAUAAAAGAAAAAGAAAAACAUUCUUAUAUGAACAGUGAAUAUAGCAUUUUAUUAUUUACAGAUACAAAAGGAGUGCAAAAUGUUAAAGCAGCUACAAAUAAAUAUAUAAAAAAAGACGAUGAUAUAAAUAAAAGUUUUUCAAGAAUAUACGUUGUAUCCUUAGAACAAGGGGAUUAUUACACUACUAACAAGGAUAAAUUUAGUGAGUCCAUUCAAAAUGUGGAUGAUAUGUAUAUAUACAACAAGAGAACAAGGGAAGGACAGAUAGGCAACGUGAUAGACGGAACGGUGGGAGACGAGAACAAAGACAAUAUUCUUUUUUUUUCAUUUCAUAAGUAUAUUACUGAUGAACAGCUGACGAUUCACUAUGCCAAAUCUAUAUUAGAAGACUACAUCCUUUUGCACACACAGGUUUAUAAAACCUCCUGGUAUUUAAUUGGUAUAUGUAGAUAUAACAUUAUGAGAGACAGUAUAACAAAAAGAAAAUUGCAUUUAUAUUAUGUCGAUAAAAAUAUUAAAACUGUUACUUAUACAAUAUCUAAGGAUGAAACAAAAAAAGUCUUUGACAAUUCCUCCUUGUCUUCUUUUCAAGAUAUGUGCAACAUCUUCACUCAGCUACAGCUCCUGGGGUACAAGUAA